AUGGCGUUUUUUUGGUUGUGUCUGCUGUGUGAGAGAUCUCGGCGGCUCGGGACGCUUUGCUCGCCUUGGGUGUGUGGGUGUGUAAGUUUUACGAUACGCGAGUAUCACGUGCCUAUCACGCGAUGUAGAUCGAAUUUUCCCAAUUGUUGGUUUUAUUUGGCGUGUUUUGUACGGGCCCCCAACAAAAAACCCAAAAAAUCUCCCAGUGAAAAAACCCUAAACGCCCUAGACGCCCAGCCCGUCGUUGUCGUCGUCGUCGUCGUCGCUGCGCUCUACUCAAGCUCCUCCAGUAGCACGCAACACACACCCGCAAAUUGCUGGCUUUCUCACUCCCAACGCGCUAUUCCCGGCCAAAACGCAUCACUAACUUUGCAUUUCGCAGCUACAACAACAACAACUUAUAUUAUAGCACCCGCAGACUUGUAUCUGUUGUCUCGAAAACUUUCCGUUUUCCGCCGCCCAGUUUCGCUUUCUAUCGCUCAAUUUCAACAGCGGUAG